AUGCAGCGGCAGCUGACACUGCACCUUCGGCAGCACGAGCCGGAGCUCAAGGGGGACGACGCGCCGUCGGAGGCGUCGGUGAUUGUGGCGCAGGUGCAGCCCACGCCGAGCGACGACGGCCGCACCUUCGCCUGCAACUUCCCAAACUGCACCGCCCGCUUCAGGACGCGCUCGCACCUGCGCGACCACGUGCGCACGCACACGGGGGAGAAGCCGUUUGCGUGUGUGUUUCCCGGGUGCAACGCGCGGUUUGCUGCGGCGAGCAACCUGUACAAGCACCGCAAGAUCCACACGCGGGCGGGGGAGAAGAAGUUUGUGUGCGACCAGCCCGGGUGCGGGCUUGAGUUUAUGCACAAGAGCAGCCUCACGCGGCACCAGCGGGUGCACACGGGGGCGAUGUUCCGGUGCGACGUGGAGGGCUGCAACAAGACGUUUCAGCAGCGCACGCAGCUGCACACGCACAAGAUCAACGUGCACUCUGAGGACCCGGGCCAGACGGAGCAGCGCACGUACGCGUCCAAGCAGUAUGUGUGCGAGGUGUGCAACCGCAGCUUCAUGUCGUCGUCGCACCUGACCACGCACAUGCGGCGGCACACGGGGGAGCGGCCGUUUGCAUGCCCGGAGCCCGGCUGCGACAAGUCGUUCCCGACCAAGUCCAACCUCACGGCGCACUUGCAGACGCACGUGUCGUACGAGGACCGCAAGUACUGCUGCGACUUUCCAGACUGCGGCAAGCGCUUCACCACGAACGUUGCGCUGAAGGACCACAAGCGGCAGGUGCACACGGGGGAGCGGCCGUUCCUGUGCCCGCACGAGAGCUGCGGCAAGCGGUACGCGUCCAAGACGACGCUGCGCUCGCACAUCAACGGCGCCCACGCGAACCAGCGCAAGUACGUGUGCCCCUACGAGGACUGCGGCAAGAGCUACAUUGCGCGCAGCGGGCUGACGGCGCACCUGCUGACGCACACGGGGGACCGGCCGUUUGUGUGCGACGCGCCAAACUGCGGGCGGCGCUUCAACAUGGCGUGCCUGCUCAAGCGCUUUGCGCAGAGCGGUCGCUGA